AUGUCUGCUUUACCUGCAACUGCCUUUAAGUUCGGCAAUAUCCUGCUCGGAUCCACCUCAACCCUCGCUGCUCUCUCACAAUUAUCAUACAUCUCCAGUAAUUUCGUCGCCGUACCAUUAGCUCUGUAUGCAUUAGUUCUGUCCAUCGGAACCGUCUAUUUGGAAUUCAAGAUUCCCUCCAACAUCUUUAAUUUUGCCUCCUUUUAUUUUAGUUUCCUGGGAAGAGGUCUCACUUACAUCCUAAUCAGUAUUUUGCUCAGUUUUGGUGGUGCAUUGAAGAAGAUAAACAUGUUAUUGCUAUUCUUUUACGGAUUAGCACAUGUUGCUUUCCAAUUCACACCAUUCGUGGAAGAACCAAACAAUUAUAGAUCGGCGGGAUCUUCUAUUUCCAUCGGUGAUGAUGAUAAUGAUGAUAAUGACGAAGUUAUUUAA